GUUGAUGAUGGUCUUCGAAAUUCAACAACAACAACAUCAUUAUCUAAUAAAAAUCAAAAUAUUACAAUAACAAUAAUAUUAUCAAUAAUAACAAUAUUUACAAUUGUUGGAAAUUUAAUGGUUAUUUAUGCAAUAUUUAAUUAUCGUCCAUUACAUAAUGUACAAAAUAUGUUUAUGGUAUCAUUAGCUGUUGCUGAUAUUGCUGUUGCCGUAUUAGUAAUGCCAUUCAAUCUUGCCUAUAAUCAAUUAGAUCGUUGGAUAUUUGGUUUACAUUUAUGUGAAAUGUGGUUAACAAGCGAUGUUCUAUGUUGUACAGCAUCGAUACUCAAUUUGUGUGCCAUCGCUCUGGAUCGUUAUCAGGCAAUACACGAUCCAAUAAAUUAUGCACAAAAACGUACAAUGAGACGUGUUUGUACAUCGAUUGGUAUUGUUUGGAUAUUAUCGGCAAUAAUAUCAAUACCACCAUUAAUCGGUUGGAAUGAUUGGCCGGAUGAAUUUAAUGAAGAAACACCAUGUAAAUUAUCGGAAGAAAAAAGUUAUAUAAUUUAUUCAUCAAUGGGUUCAUUUUAUAUACCAUUAUUUAUAAUGACUGUUGUUUAUUUUAAAAUAUUUCAAGCAACAAGAAGACGAUUAAAAGAUCGUGCUAAAGCAAGUGCAAUUGUUAAUUUAGGUAAUUCAAGUCAACAACCAUUAACAACAACACCAUCAUCAACAAAAAAACAACAACAACAUAAUCGUUCAAAUAGUAAAUAUUUGAAAAUGUUCAAACAACAACAACAACAACAACAACAACAACCAUCAAUGAUAACAACUGGAACAACAACAAUAGUUACAAAACCAUUACCAGUAUCAGUGAAAAAAAUAUGGGAAGAAAAGCAAAAAAUUUCAUUAUCACGUGAACGUCGUGCAACAAGAAUUUUAGGCAUUAUUAUGGGUGUAUUCGUUGCUUGUUGGCUUCCAUUCUUUUUAAUGUAUGUUAUAGUGCCUUUUUGUAAAUCAUGUGAAUUAUCACGUGAAACGGUCAAUUUUAUUACAUGGCUUGGAUAUAUGAAUUCAGCUAUAAAUCCGUUAAUUUAUUGUGGAUUUAAUCGCGAUUUUCGUCGUGCAUUUCAAAAAAUUAUUCUCUGUAAAAAUGUAUGAAAAUUCAAUUCAAUUCAUUCAUUCUGCCGGCCAUAUUUAUAAACAUAAGCAAGAAUUCUUUCUCUUUUUGGAUGUUUUCAUCGGAUAAAACAUUUUUCAAACAUUACCACCAUCGAUUAUUAUCUGCUGAUAACCAAAAAAAUUGUUCAACUCAAAA